ACCCGAAAAAAGACACGGCGUGGCAGACAUUGUAGUAAUUUGCAGGACGAGUGCUCAGGCGUUCUGGGGUUGACAACAACAACUAAAUAUUCCCUGUAAAAUGUCGUUUCAGUCUCUCGUGUAAAAUUGCGACCUGCCUGUAGGCGGCGCAUCACUCGCUACACUAUGCUGGUUUGGUCUCUUAGUUCAUUCUUUCCUUGCUUACACGUUGGUGCUCAAAGAUGCCAUGUUGGCGGAAAUAUAUUUCAUUAAUUGAGUUUUAAGAAUUACUGGACAAGUUGCACUGACAGUGUUGUUUUUAUACUAUAAAUCAAUAAGUUUGACGAUUUCUAUAACAAUGGAGAAGAAGAAGAUGAACCUACCAAAGGGACCUAAUACCCUCUGCUUUGAUAAGGAUGAAUUUAUGAAGGAUGAUUUCGAUGUUGAUCGCUUUGUAUCAGAGUGUAGAAAGCAUGUUCAGCUUGAAGAACUCAGAGAAGACUUGGAACUUUAUUAUAAACUUCUUAAAACUGCAAUGGUGGAACUUAUUAAUAAAGAUUAUGCAGACUUUGUUAACCUUUCAACCAAUUUGGUUGGAAUGGACAAAGCUCUCAAUCAACUCACAGUGCCAUUGGGCCAGUUGCGAGAAGAGGUGUUGAGCCUAAAGUCAUCUGUUAGCGAAGGUAUCCAAGCCAUAGAUGUCCGUUUAUCAAAACAAGAUGAUAUACAAAGAAAAAAGAUUUGUGUCUUAAAGCUGAUCCAAGUUGUGAGAUCUGUUGAGAAAAUUGAAAAAAUUCUUCACUCUCAUACCUCCAAAGAAAUGUCUUCUCUUGAAAUGAAUAGCCCUCUCCUAGCUGGACACAUUUUGGAAAGGAUUGCUACAGAAUUUAAUCAGCUGCAGUUUCAUGCUGUACAAAGCAAGGGUAUGCCACUUCUGGACAAAGUGCGACCUAGAAUAGCUGGUAUAACUGCAAUGCUUCAGCAGUCUCUGGAAGGUCUGCUUUUAGAAGGUCUGCAGACUUCUAAUGUCGACAUUGUACGUCACUGCUUAAGGACUUAUGCAACAAUAGACAAAACACGUGAUGCAGAAGCUCUGGUUGGUCAAAUACUUGUGAAGCCUUAUAUAGAUGAGGUCAUAGUUGAACAGCAUGUCAAGUCACACCCUAAUGGUCUGCAAGAAAUGUAUGGAAAAUUAUUGGAGUUUGUACCACAUCAUUGUCGAUUGCUUCGAGAAGUGACUGGGGGCACCGUUUCAAGUGACAAAGCAGAUAUUGUCCCUGGGUAUGAUUUUCUGGUGAAUUCUGUCUGGCCAGAGAUAGUGAAAGGUCUAGAGGAGAAAAUCCCAUCCCUUUUUAAUCCCGGGAAUCCUGAUACAUUUCAUGAGAAAUACACACUAAGCAUGGAGUUUGUGAGAAAAUAUGAACGGCAGUGUGGAUCCCAGGCCAGCGUGAAGAGACUUCGAGCUCAUCCUUCCUAUCUGAGCUUUAACAAUAAAUGGAAUUUGCCUGUUUAUUUCCAAAUCAGGUUUAAGGAGAUUGCUGGAAGCUUGGAAACGGCAAUGUCAGAAGGUUUACACAAAGCACCUGAUGGAAGUGCUUAUCAGUUGCUGGUCUCCCACGUGCUGUGGAACAACCUGGUUAAGUGCUGGUGUGACCAGAUUUAUCUACCGCUGUUAGCUCACCGAUUCUGGAAGAUCACUUUACAGUUACUGUCACGAUAUUCAAAGUUUGUCAAUGAGAUGCUAUCUAAGGCUACUUACACAGAAGCUACAAAAGAAACUACAGUCCAACUGUCUACUAUUGGACAUUCUGCAUCAGCCCCAAACCUCAGGUAUACCGAAGACCUGGGUUGUGGAUCAGAAACUGAGGCAAAAUCAACUGUGUUAUCAACAAAUCAGCUGGUUUACAUUGUAUCUGAUUUAGACACACUGCACGACCAGGUCCCUGAACUUCUGGAAAUAAUUAAACACAAACUGGACCUCAUUGGAUUCAAUAAUUUUGCCAUAAUUUCAGAUUCUCUAGCCGACUCACAAGCGUCACUGUCUAGUUGCAUACCAGCAUUGAGUAUCAGGAUUACCCAGCAUUUAAGUGACACUUGUUUCAGUUAUCUGAGAAGUGCAUCUGAAGUUCCAAGGCUCUACCGGAGGACAAACAAGGAAGUCCCAACAAAGGCAUCAGCAUAUGUUGAUAACGCAUUAAAGCCCCUCCAUCAACUCCAGAAUGACUAUCAAAGCAUGCUUAAAGAGUCAAUUAUACAGGAUUUGCUGAGAGGAGUGCUCAGUAACAGCACCCAAAGGUAUUAUGAAACAGUGUCAGAUGUUUUGAGUUCGGUUAAAAAAAUGGAAGAAAGUCUAAAAAGACUGAAGCAGGCUCGGAAAACUGUAACUUCAACCAGCACAGGGACAAACCGAGGUCUCAGUGACGACAACAAGAUCCGGUUACAGCUAGCACUGGAUGUGGAAUAUCUAGGGGAUCAGAUCCAGAAAAUGGGACUACAGACAAGUGACAUCAAGCUGUUUUCAGCUCUUGUUGAACUGAUUCAGUCAGCCAAAGAUCUGGCGGCAACAGAACCACUUUAACUUACUGCAUAAUGAGUGGCUGUUAAUUCUUUUUCUGUCUUUUAUGGUACCGAGUUUCCGAAGCACUACAGUCCUGGAUUAGUGUUUUGCCGUGUGUUUUUCGCAGUUAAAUGCUGCAUGUGAACUGGGUCAGUUAGAUCAUGUACACAAGUUUAUUUGUGUAUCUGAAUGUUAAAGUAAUUGAGGGGUGUGAAUGAAUGGUGGAAAUUAAACCAAUUGCAUAAUUAAGAAUGUUUUCCCUGUCAAUAAAGAUUUAACUCCGAGUGGUUCUUAUUGCUGUUGUUUUAUUACAGAAUAAGUAAAAGACAAAUUAAUUAUAGCAAACACUGUCAAACAUAGUUUGAAACAAGUCGUUUACCAUGAGAAAAUAAUUAUAAACUUAAGUAAAGCAUAAUUUACUGUUUUUAAGGGAGUUUGGUAGCCUUGGGGAUAAUGUUGUUCGAUGUACUCUUAUGUUUCUUCAGAAAAGCAGCGUCCAAACUUGUAACUUCUUAAGUAAUAAACGGGAAGAGUUUUACAAGUUCAAGCCGUAACAUUUUAAAAAUGAAAGUAGCAGGUGCAUUCCUGGCAUAGUGCAGUACUCAGGUACAAAAAACGUACAUGUUUUCAAUCGCAUUUUGUUUUAGUUGUUUUUUUAUUAUUAUUAAAACACUCUAGUACAAGUUAUAUGUACCCUCAGUAGUAAAAACCCUCUGUUAGACCACAUAUAUGAAUGCUAUCGUAUACAUCUGCAUGCAAUAAAAAUAUCAAAACAAAUAUGGACAAUGGUCUUUAUGGUUCUUCUAAAAUCUGCAAGUUAAUAUUAAUGCACCAUAAAGGGGAUUGGUUAAAACUCCAUGCUACUGCAACAAAAUAAAUAGUUGAAUCUCUUGUAAAAGGAAGGGUACACCUUGCUUAAAUUGACUUUGUAUCCUAUUAAGUUGUUUAAACUUUUUUUUUUCCUGUUAGUUUUGUCUGUUGCUAAGCUAUCUAAGGAGACAUUGCUCUUCAACAUAUGAAAAAUAAAUCCCAAGGCUGGAGAAA